CCUGUCCGAGUGCCACCUGGUGAGCGCGGCGGCCAAGCCCCUCCCCGCGGCCUCCCCGCCCCCUCCCCGGGCUCCAGCCGCCGCCGGCCGCGCGCCCACCCGCUCUCCGCCGCUCUCAGGGGCGCACGGUCGCCGCCAUGCCGCGCUCCUUCCUGGUCAAGAGCAAGAAGGCCCACAGCUACCACCAGCCGCGCUCCCCGGGGCCCGACUACCCGCUGCGCCUGGAGGCCGUGCCCGCGCCGGGCAGAGCAGACGGCGGCGCGGGCGAGGCGAGGACGGGGACCCGGGGCCGGCUGGGCCCCGACCCCCAGCUCAGCGACGCUCCCGAUGGCGCCUGCGCGUCCCCUCCCAGCUGCGGGAGCAGCGUGGGCGACCCGGGCUCCGAGCUCGAAGACCUCUGGAGGCGUCCUUCCCCCUCGCUGUCCCCAGGUAAGGGGCUGGGGCGCCGCUGCCGCGGGGAUGCGCCUAGGGAGCCGGGCCCGGGGGGUCCAGCCCGUCCUGGACAGCCUGCCUCGGUGUCCCCUCCUCCCGGGGCGCUCAGCCGCGGCCUGGCCCGUCUUUCGUUUGCCGGGAACUGGGGGUGA